GGGGGGAGAGGAGGCAGACCCUGGCCGGAGCCGCUCCUGCCUGCCACCUCAGUCACUCCAGGAAGUGUCAGGACAGCAGGAAAUGCCGGUGUACGCGAAAACUGUUUGGCUGCUAGAAGAGAAGCAAUUUUUGGUCGCCCAUAGUGCAGAACCAUUGCCUGACAGAACAAGGGAAACAAAAUCAAAAAGAAGGCCUACUCAGCGGACAGUGUUUACAGAAUCUUUUCAACCCCUACAUUAGAAGGAAUAACUUGGAUUAAGAAGUAGACAUCAUUUCGUAAAACAUUCUAUUUUGUGACCUGAACUCUGCAAUUAGCUGUGUGGUAAAUGGCUUCACUGCCUACUGGAAUCAGGCUUAUCACUUCAUUCACAAGAGAUCAAUGGUAUAGGGCCUUCAUUUUUAUCUUGACCUUUUUGCUGUAUGCAAGUUUUCACUUAUCUAGGAAACCUAUCAGCAUAGUUAAGGGUGAAUUACAUAAGCAGUGUGCUUCUCAUGGUAAAGUUAGACUCAACACACUGAAUGAAAAUGCCUUCCAUGAUCCCGCUGGGAAAAUAUCAGAUAAUGAAACCCACUGUGGUUGGGCACCAUUUGAUAAAAAGAACUAUCAGCAAUUACUGGGAGCAUUGGAUUAUUCAUUCCUUUGUGCUUAUGCAAUUGGAAUGUAUUUAAGUGGCAUAAUAGGGGAACGCCUGCCAAUUAGAUAUUACCUAACGUUUGGAAUGUUUGCCAGUGGAGCCUUUACAACACUUUUUGGCUUGGGCUAUUUCUAUAAUAUUCACAAUUUUGGUUUCUAUGUCAUAACUCAGAUAGCUAAUGGGUUGGUGCAGACCACUGGCUGGCCUAGUGUGGUGACCUGCAUUGGCAACUGGUUUGGAAAAGGAAGGAGAGGCUUAAUUAUGGGCAUUUGGAAUUCUCACACCUCUGUGGGGAAUAUCUUGGGAUCUUUGAUCGCUGGCUAUUGGGUGUCUACAUGUUGGGGACUAUCUUUUGUAGUACCGGGUAUCAUCAUUGCUUCAAUGGGGACAGUGUGUUUUCUCUUUCUUAUUGAACAUCCUAAAGACAUAAAGUGUUCUUCCACACCACUAAUUAGCUCAAAAGGCUAUGAGAAUGGUACUAACAGAUUCAGAGUGCAAAAACAAAUUCUGUACACCAAGGAAAGUAGUAAAAAUUUGAUUUCUAAACAGGAUCCAGAGAUUCAGAGUUUGUUAUCAGACGGUGAAAAUGGUACAAUUCCGCCAAAGUUUGUCACAGUGCUACGUGGUGAUGGAAGAAAUGGGAUGGCAGCAAUCAGUUUCUUAGGCGCCUUGAGAAUACCUGGAGUCAUAGAGUUUUCUCUUUGUUUAUUGUUUGCCAAGCUGGUCAGCUACACUUUUCUGUUUUGGCUGCCACUCUAUAUCACAAAUGUAGAUCAUUUUGAUGCCAAAAAAGCUGGGGAUCUCUCCACUUUGUUUGAUGUUGGAGGAAUCAUUGGUGGAAUCUUGGCAGGUGUGGUUUCUGAUAGGCUGGGAAAGCGGGCUUGUACCUGUGGAUUAAUGCUACUGCUAGCAGCUCCAGCGCUCUAUAUGUUCUCCAUGGUCAGUAAAAUGGGCCUAGAAGCCACAAUAGUUAUGCUUCUUAUCAGUGGAGCUCUUGUCAAUGGUCCUUAUGCACUGAUCACAACUGCAGUCUCAGCUGACUUGGGUACCCAUAAAAGUUUGAAGGGAAAUUCCAAAGCCCUCUCCACUGUGACAGCUAUCAUUGAUGGAACUGGUUCUAUAGGUGCUGCCUUAGGUCCUCUCUUAGCUGGGCUUAUCUCCCCCUCUGGCUGGAACAAUGUGUUUUACAUGUUGAUGGUAGCAGAUGCCACUGCUUUACUGUUCUUAUUGCGCCUCAUCCAGAAGGAGCUCUGCUGCACAAGAUCCAUGCCCGGAGAACAGCUUCAGUUUAAAGAACAUUAAUCAUUUCAGACACAUUUGGGGAAGAAUCUAUACUCAUCAUCCAAAAAUAAUCAUUCAAGGCACAGUACAAUGUAAACAACUCCACUUUGAAGAACUUGCUUUCUCUACAUGCAUUUUGCACACAUACCUGAAAGAGAUACAAAAGCAAAUGUUACAUCCUUUUAUAUUUUAUUAAGCACAUACAGAACCUCAGGAUUAUAGUUCUCAGAGAGUUAGUUCUCAGAGAGGUAAGAGCUGCUGAAAUCUUCAGACUAGUUACUUUAGUUAAGGUCAUAAGGAAAAGAUACCAAGUGCCUGGCUGAUUCAUUUUUAUCUAAUUAUUUGAACAUAACUUGAGACGAGUAUAGAAUUGAUCUGGCACUGAAAUGAAGCGUGAGCCAUUCUCAGGUUUCUUAGUGAUGGAAUAUUACAGUAAUUUGAAAACUAUGCCAGGAAGAACUUCAACAAUAAACAUCUGUUUAUUCUUUAACAAUAAACAAUGUCAUUUUCAAAAAUACUAGUAUGUUAUAUUAAAUGUAAUAGCCACAAACUGGUAAAGAGGUCAUUGAUAUAAAACAGUAGUUUAACUUAACCUUGAAAAGAAAAUUGGUUCCCUCAAGCUUCAAUCAAAACUGAACUUUGAGCAUGUCAAUCCCAAUAAAGUAUUUUCCCAAUUUUUCUCUAUAUACUGUCCCACAUCCAGUUGAUGUGAUAAAUUAGUAUAGAACAACAAAGCAGCCUAAACCAGUUAGCUGGAAUAAAAUGAAAAUGGCUAACUGAAUCAUACCAGAGAAUACCAGUCAAACAACACUGUUGUUUCUGAAAGGUUUACAUUUGUUAGAAGUACUCUGGAAUGCUGUUGAAGGCCCCAUAAAAUGUCUACACAUCAGUUAAAGCUGCUACUUGGUACUUAGAGCCAAAUUAUACAGGAGGAUGAGCAAAAUGAAAAAGGAAAAUUCAUAGGUUUGUUAUUUAGGAAGGUUAGUUUGUUCACAUGCAUAGUAAUCGAUACAAUUUCUUUGCAAUUGCAUCGACCAUUUUUCCUUUUCAUUCUAAUAAAAUAGUAGAGAUCGUUUUUAGAUGUAUAGCAACACAAUAGAUUUUUUAAAACGUGCAUUGUGUUAUAUUCAGGUUAAAGAAAAUUAAAUGACAUUUUGUUAUUUAUUAAAGCAAACAGAAAUGUGUUUUCUGAGUUUUUAUUAAUGCUUGGUUGGUUUUGCAAAAUAUCCA